CAGAGGGGGUGGAGGAGCUUUCCCCUCCUCCCCAUAAUCUCCUCCUCACUUUGUGAUCUCAGCAUACCCUCUCCAUUUCCAUCUUUGAAAAUCAUUUCCAUGAGGCGGGGGAAGAGAUUAACAAAAAAACAAAAACAAACAACAACCAAAAAACAACAACAAAACACCACCCUGCCUUCGUGAUCCGGUGCAAUCUCUCUCUCAGCACUUUUUCCUCCCCAGCCUGCUUUUCUCCUCUCCUUUAGGAUCUCCAUCCUCACCUGAACAGUUAACACCCUGCUCGCUGUCAUCUAACUGGAAACAAGAGGAGGAUCUUCUCCCACCACCCCUGAUCAUUCUGAUUUAUCCAGAAAUCAAUACCCUAAUUUGGAAUGUGACUUUUCCAGAUGGAGAAAAACUAAAGGGAGGCACCGCAGUGGCUGCUGGGAAAUUUUAGAUUGUCUAUUUUUUUUUCUAUUUUAUUCCAAUUCUGGGAAAAUAAAGGUCGCGUUGCUAAAGGAUUAUUUAUGCUGGAUGAAGAAGACCUUAUCCCCGUUUUGAUGUCCUAGGGGGGGGGAGUCCUUUAAGGCAGGCAUGAAGAGUUUACAGUGUGCAGGAUUAUUCCUACUGUCUCUGCUACUGGAGUGCGUAGAGGCUAAAAAACACUGCUGGUACUUUGAAGGAUUAUAUCCUACAUACUACAUAUGUCGUACAUAUGAAGAUUGUUGUGGUUCCAGAUGCUGCGUGCGAGCACUUUCCAUUCAGAGGCUAUGGUAUUUAUGGUUUCUGCUUAUGAUGGGUGUUCUGUUUUGCUGUGGGGCUGGAUUCUUCAUAAGGAGGAGAAUGUACCCACCCAUACUUGUUGACGAACCUACAUUUAAUGUAUCCUACACCCGGCAACCUGCAGUACCUCCAACAGGGCCUCAGCAACCAGGAAUGCCGUAUUAUUCUGAUCCAGGAGGAGCUGCAGGAAAUCCAGCAACACCAACGUUCCACACUCAGCCAACAACCCCGCAAGGGAAUCAAAAUUUCCCACCUCCCCCUUAUUACAAUACACCUCCACCUCCCUACGAGCAAGUGGUGAAAGCUUGCAAAUGAAGCAACAUUGGGCUCUGCAUUUUAUCUAAACCUGACUCUUUAUGACUGCUCAAACGUACCAUGAGGCAUACCAUCCUUUGCAAUGAUGCUGGCUCCAUUGACGUAAAAGUAUUGUGUGUCUUGGUGCAGAUUGGACGAAUGGAAGAACCAUUUUGUUCUUCUGGAAAGUGAUUGCAAAUCUACUAUUCUUAGAGCCCGCUGCAACAUUUUUUUUUUUUAUCAUCAAAGCUUUGGAAUGGGUUUGAAUUGCAAGAAAAUGAUCCAAGUGUCUCUCCUCCAGUUCUGAACAGGCCAGAUAUUUUAUUUUUAUUAAUCCCCUUCCAUGGUAUGUAGCUACUUCAUUGUACCUUUGUUUCUCAACUGGUGAUGUACAGUACAUAUUGUUGCCUCCUAGUCCAGAGAGUGUUCGCAGAUCAUGCAACAUUUACAGUAAAAGGCAUGCUGUUGAUGGAAUCCCAAUUUGAUCAAACAUGUUUUUUUCUUCUUUCCUAAUCAAUAAAAUGUUGUGGAAAAAUUUA